AUGUCGUGCCAAGAUGUAUUCAACAAAGAAGCGUCCAUUACCUUUCACAGGCCAGCGCCCUCGGGAUUCAAAGGAGUCACCCCCAGUCGUAGAAAACCCUUCACCAGUCUGUGCUUUCUUGGAUCGAAAGUAGAACAGAAAUCUCGCCUCAGCUUGUCCAGCCGUGUUGAACCAGUCAAGGUCUCCGCAAGAAGUCUCUCACGAAAAUGGGGACAGGCUGAGGAGGAGAGACAGAAGAAGCCAGAGACCGGGGGAGAGUGGAGGAGGGAGACGAUAUGA